AUGAUGUUUGACAGUUCGCAAUAUCCUUAUAAUUGUUUUAACUAUGAUGGAGAAGGAUACCCGUCAUGUGGCACUGAUGAAGAAAAGAAAGUGUGUCGACCAGCUUACAGCUACAUUGCACUGAUAGCGAUGGCUAUACAGCAGAGCCCAGAGAACAAAGUUACUCUAUCGGGAAUCUACGAGUUCAUCAUGAAGAGAUUUCCUUAUUACAGAUCCAACCAGAGGGCUUGGCAAAACUCAAUUCGCCAUAACCUCUCUCUCAACAGCUGCUUCAUAAAGGUUCCGCGUACAGAAGGUAACGAGAAAGGAAAAGGUAAUUACUGGACGUUUGCCACAGGCUGCGAGUCCAUGUUGGACCUCUUUGAAAAUGGCAACUUUCGUCGCCGCCGCCGCAGACGCAACUUAAAAAUGGGCCUGAAGGAACCGACCGAAGCCUUUAUAUCCAUGGACGCUCAUCAGGCCGUCGCAGUGAGAUCCUCAGAUUCAGAUUCUUUCAUGAACACUAGUCACAGAGCUGCACAAAACAAACCUGAGACCGAGAUCAAAUUCAGCAUUGACUACAUUCUGUCCACACCGGACCCCUUGCCAGCGUUCAGAGCCCCUAACAGUGUGAUUCCCCAUCUGGAGCCACAACAUCUCAAUCUACACUUCUGGACCAUGUAAACAAAACCGUAGGAUUUAGAUUAGUAAAUACCCUAAGAGCUUCAAUAGUGUGCAAAACUUCUAUCCCAUGAUGCAAUUUGGCUUGUCAGUAUAGGCACAUGCAGUUUGUUGUGUGCUAAAUCAGCUGUUGGUCAAUAAGAAUAAACACUGUAACUUAUGAUGAUGUAAUUUUUUAAGUAUUAGUGAGAGUUUAGGUGUGUGUAUGUAUAUAACACACACGUAUUAUGAAAUCAUUGAAUUAGACUUUUG